AUGAGUAAUCAGAUCUGUUGUGUUGUUGGUUGUACAAAUACAUAUAAAAACACGACGAAUGUUAGUUUUUUUCGUUUUCCUGGUAAACCUCAUGAAAUUCUACAGAAAAAUAAAUGGAUUCAAGCAGUGAAGCGAAAAAGCUCUAACAAUCAACCAUGGAAACCGAAUCAAAAUUCAAGAAUAUGUAGUGAACAUUUUAUUGAUGGUAAACCAUCCAAACACCCAAAUAGUCCAUCAUUCUAUCCAACAAUAUUUCCUAAAAUAUACAAACAGAAUAUUCCAGCACAAGAGAGUGUCAGUCGCUUCAAUCGUUUACAAAAAAGAAAAUCUUGUAAUACAAUUAUAUCUACCAAUUCAAGAAUAUCUAAUAAUUUAACUGUAUCAAAUGAACUUGUCUGCCCUGAUGUUGUAAAACACACUGAGGAUAAAUCUACUCAAACUUCUAUGAAUUUAAUUAAUAACAGUUUUGAAUUUUCUUGUGUCUUUUCCAAUAACAAUGUUAACACUCAAGCAAAUAUUGUUGGCUUAGAUUCAAUUUAUUUUAAACCUAAAAUGGUUGAUAAAUGUGAAGGUAGCGUAAACUAUGACAUCUUAGAAUAUUUUAGUGGUUUUAAGUCUUUAAAAAAUGAAAGUCAUUUAAUAUCUUUAUGUGGUGUUAACUUUGAAACUUUUAAUAUUUUUCUAACAUAUAUUGAUGAUCAAAAUUAUUCUAAAAAAUCUAAAGAAGAUAGACUUUUGUUGUCAUUAGUGAAGUUAAAACUAGGAAUUAGUUUUACAUCAAUUUCAAUAUUCUUUAAUCUACACCGUUCCACAUGUUCAAGAAUUUUUAAAAAUGUUUUAAAAAUGCUUGCAGUUGCUACCAAAAAAUUUGUGUUUUGGCCUAGUAAGAAAUCUAUUGUUUCCACCUUACCCCAAUCUUUUAAACAACAUUAUCCAAACUGUAGGGUUAUUAUUGACUGUACAGAAAUCAAAACUGAACAACCACCUCAUGUUGAUCAAAGAGCGUUUAUGUACUCUCAUUACAAAUCUGCUUUUACUUGUAAAUUUUUAGUUGGAAUAGCUCCGUGUGGUAUGAUCAUUUUUGUUUCAAAAGCAUAUGGUGGUAGAGCUAGUGAUAGCUUCAUCACUAAUGAUAGUGGUUUGUUAAACUUAUUAGAACCUGGGGAUCAAGUCAUGGCUGACAAGGGGUUUCCUGGGAUAAAAACUAGUGUAAAUGAAAAAAACUCUAUUUUAGUUAUGCCCCCAUUUAUGCAUAAUGGAGUUUUUACAGAAGAUGAAAUUAUAAGAACCUAUAAUAUUGCUAGUGUUCGAAUACACGUUGAAAGAUCUAUUCAGAGAAUAAAAAUUUAUAACAUACUUCAGAAAAUUCCCAUUGAACUUUUGGAAUGUAUUGAUAAUAUAAUAUUUGUGUGUUGUGUAAUGACAAAUUUACAGCCACCUUUAAUUAAACCAUACCCCUAA